AGACAGCUAUAUAUUGGGCAUCUGGUUGGACAACAUAUAGUUGUCAGGAUUUUCUGGUAGGAUAAAUUUGCUGCUUAGAUUCUUUCCAUCAUUUGAUAAGAUGUUGGCAAAUAACAGUACAAUCGCCUUAACAUCAAUUAAAAUUUCUUUGACAUUUUUAAUGUCUUUACUAGCUAUUGCUAUAAUGUUAGGCAAUGUCGUGGUCAUUUUAGCUUUUAUUGUGGACAGAAAUCUUAGACAUCGAAGUAAUUACUUUUUUCUUAACUUGGCCAUUGCAGACUUCUUUGUGGGUGCAAUUGCAAUUCCUCUGUACAUACCUUCCUCGCUGACUUACUGGACUUCUGGAAAGCAAGCUUGUGUAUUUUGGCUCAUUACUGACUAUCUUUUAUGUACAGCAUCUGUGUAUAAUAUUGUCCUCAUCAGCUACGAUCGCUACCAGUCAGUCUCAAAUGCCGUGUGGUAUAGAGCUCAGCACUCUGGCACCUGGAAAAUUGCUACUCAGAUGGUGGCUGUUUGGAUAUUCUCCUUCAUGACAAAUGGGCCGAUGAUUCUGAUUUCAGACUCUUGGCAGAAUAGCACUACAGAAUGUGAACCUGGAUUUUUAAAAAAGUGGUACUUUGCUCUCCCUACAUCAUUAUUGGAAUUCCUGAUCCCCAUCUUGUUAGUUGCUUAUUUCAGCGCCCAUAUUUACUGGAGCCUGUGGAAGCGAGAGAAACUGAGCAGGUGCCUCAGCCACCCUGUACUCCCCUCUGACUCUUCCAGCAGUGACCACGGACACUCCUGCAGACAGGACCCCGAUUCAAGGGCGACUCUGCCAGCACGGAAAGAAACAACUGCCUCUCUUGGUUCAGACAAGUCACGGAGAAAGAGCAGUCUCUUGUUUUCCAUAAGAGCCUACAAGAACAGCAAUGUGAUCGCUUCCAAAAUGGGCUUCCUCUCCCACUCAGAUUCCCUGGCUCUUCAGCAAAGGGAACAUAUCGAACUUUUCAGAGCCAGGAAAUUAGCCAAGUCACUGGCCAUACUCUUAGCAGCUUUUGCCAUUUGCUGGGCUCCAUAUUCACUGACUACAGUUAUCUACUCAUUUUUUCCUGAAAGGAACUUGACUAAAUCAACCUGGUACCAUACUGCCUUUUGGCUCCAGUGGUUCAAUUCCUUUGUUAAUCCCUUUUUGUAUCCAUUGUGUCACAAACGUUUUCAGAAGGCUUUCCUGAAAAUACUUCCUGUGAGAAGGCAAUCCACGCCACCACACAACCGCUCAAUAUCCACUUGAAGAUAAUGUUCGUGUUUCUGUAAAACUUUAGUCAUAAGCUCUCCAAAAAGAGUGAUCUGAUUUGCAUUUUGCCCUUUCCACUUUACCAAAAAUUCAUAAAGCUGUAAUACUUGACAAUUUAAAAAAAUAUAGACAUGCAAGUCAGUGGAAAAUGAAUAAAGUUUACUGAUAAUAUUUUUGU